AUGAAGUUCCAACUCCUCGUCGCCCUCUCACUCAUUGCCACGGCUUCAGCAAGACCUAUUGUCUGCCCAGAUGCCAAGCGUGAUGCUAUCCUCAGGGGUGACCUACCAAAGGAGGCAUGCUGUAGCUAUGGCCGGUGCCUCGGGGAUGUCGUGAUUGCCUCGUCAUGA